CAGGAAAGAUUUAACAGUGGGAUGUAUUUCUCCUUCCAUCUUCUUUUUUGUCUAGAAACCUAAGAAUGAGGAUUGUCAUCAGUCGUGUUUUUGUCUUAUUGUGCCUUUUAGGUGUCCUUGGAGAUGUUGAAGGUGUGAUUUGUAGGUUAUGCAACCUUUCAUUGCCCUUCCAUGGAUGUCUUUUAGACUUUGGAACCUGCAGAACAAAGCCUGGUCAGUACUGUUUUAAAGAGUAUCACAUUAAAGGUGGAAUUAGCUGGUUUUCUAUUAAAGGCUGCACAGAGACCCAAGAUGUUUGCUUCAAGAGAAGGAUGGUCCAUGAUAUCAUCCAGACUUCUCACUGCUGCCAUCGUCCUUUGUGCAAUUUCUGA